CAUUUUUGGUACAUGACAGACCUGUCGAUUCAGUAAAGCAAAAGAUUGAAUAAAUUUCGUCCUGAUAUAAUUUUCCGUAGCAAUGAUAUCUAUUAUAUUCCUCCAACUUCUUUUGUUAAUAAUUUUUUUUAAAAAAACAACGAGCGACGGUGAAAACCUUUUGAUUACUCGGUUAUUCAGUUAUUCGGAGUGGUGACUUUGGCAACAUAUGUCAAGGUCAUCAUCAUCAAUGAGGUCGCUGCUAAUGUAAAUAUUUAUCGAAAAUAACAUUGACGUCCGCACUGCUUAUCUUCCGAUACUUCGUAUUGUCAGCCGCGCAAGAUUCUACAUGAGUUAUUUGGUACGGAGCAUAAUUCGAGAUUAUAUUCGAGCAUAUAUCAUAUAAAAGGUAUCAGCUACGAACUCCUGCAGAACUUCGUAAGAAGCAUAAUUUACUUUCAACGUUGAACACUUGUACCACCGAUACUUCUCAUUCCAUGUUAAUGAUAGAUAUCGGUAUAUCGGAGCGACGUAUCUAGAUUAAGAGCACGAUACUUCAAUACGGUUAGGUUGCUCUACAAUUUCAAAGACCCUGACUUCCUUCAAGAUGCAACUGUGACGGUAUUUAACUUACGACGCUACGAUGCCUUCGUAGUAUCAAGAAGGGAAAUACGAUAAAGUAUCGCUAUGAAGUGGCGACGAUCAACGACAGAGGCAGUAGAUGUAGUAUCGAUACUCGGCUGGUAAAAGCAUCGAGUAUCGAUGCUCUGCCAGGACUAACUUCACCGUCAGCUGCGACUGGUCGAAUGUCGACACUCGCAUACUCCCACUCGACCGAUAAAAGCAUCGAGCAUCGAUACUUCCGAGUAUCGCUGACGACGAUAUCCGUGUUUUGCCUUCUAAGGAGAAAAACGAUAGGUUAAGUGUGGAACCGUGUCCCUGAACGAACGUGGAAAUCUGAGAAAAUCUCAGGAGGAAGGAGGAAGAAAAGAUACUGCUUGUCGCCGUGUUAAAGCUGCCACGAAAAUGCCGCAAAAGAGCAGAAUGUGGUUUUACUUCAAGAGGAUAGACGAAGGUACGGUGUCGUGCAAUUUGUGCCACAAACAUAUCAAAUCCUCCGGCAACACGUCCAACAUGAUGAAGCACUUGAAUAUGCACAACAAGAGUGACAGUCCAGACAAGGAUAUGCCGAAGGAAUUGAGGCCGCCUACAAAGAAAGAGAAGAAAUCCACCGAGAACGUAUUUUACAAUUUCCUGUCAUCUCGCAGUCAAUGGUUGGAAUUCGAAAAUCCUAAUAACACAGAUGGUUCGAAUCCUGGAACAAGUUAUGAGGCUGCAGACACGGUAUACAUAUACUUUCUCGAGAAAUCAGUUUCUGUAGGAACAAAUACACCUCCUUUACUUGCAACUAUUGAAAGGAUAUCCAGCUAUUCUGACAGCAAGGAUCGCCAUAUGCGGAUAUCCAAUGCUAUUCUUUACUUCAUCUGUGUCGACAACCAACCAUUCACUACCAUCCAGUGUAAGGGAUUCAGGCACUUGAUGAAAGAACUUGCGCCGCUUUACAAAAUACCUGAUAAAGACACAAUCAAGAAGAGACUAGACGAGAAAUACGACGUAAUGGUGCAGGUGUUCAAGCAAAAGCUGAGCGCAGCAUCGUACGUGACAAUCACUACUGAUAUUUGGACUGAGACGACGUCGUCGAAAAGUUACUUGGGAGUAACAGUACAUUUCAUAACGAACGAAUUGAGGAAACUGGAAUCGGGCAACAUCGAGAUCGUCGAGUUGCCUGAACGCACAGAAAAUCACAUAAGAUGCAUCUUGCUAAGCGCCCUGAUGAAGUGGAACAUCGAUAUCAACAAAGUCGUCGCGGUUGUCACGAAUAACGAGUCAACAAUGGUAAAUGCAGUCACACAAACCUUCGGCCAAGACAAGCACAUACUUUGUUUUGCUCACACUAUCAAUCUGGUGGUGGAGAACUCUAUAAACAACUGCGAAGGCCUCGGCAGUGUCAUCGACCAAGUGAGGAAAGUCGUGAAGUUCGUGAAAAACAGCGUCUACGUCACCAACAAGCUGCACCAACGCCAGAUUGACUUGGGUACACCUGAGAACGAGAAUAAAAAGCUUAUUUUAGACAGCGAGAGCAGGUGGAGCAGCACGUUCUACAUGAUCGAGCGAUUCAUCGAGUUAUGGAACGUGGUCAACGAGGUCUUGUACAUGAAGCAUGAGAUUCCCGGGGCACCUACCGCCGAGGAUUUGGACACGCUGAAGGAGAUUCUGGAUCUGCUGAGACCUUUGGAAUUUGUGACGCAGGAAUGCUCGACGGACAAGUAUCUCGCAAUCUCGAAGAUGAUACCACUUAUCAGUUGCAUCAUGAUCGAAUACAACAAGAUGACGCAAACGAAACAAUUGUCGCGGAAGCUGAAGCAAGUGAUCCUAGAGGAACUGGAAAAGAGACUCGGUCGCACAGAGUUCGUCCGUUCGGCCUCCCUCGCCACGAUCCUUGAUCCCCGUUUCAAAAACAUUCACUUUCAGAACGCGCAGGCUAUGUCCGAUGCUAUGUACCUGUUGCGCGACACGAUCAACAAGCUAUCCAACGCGAGCUCGUCCGGCGAGUCCGAUACCGAGCAGGAGAAGAGCAAGUACGAUCUAUGGAUUCACCAUAGACUCUUGGCGAACAUGCCGAAGGAUGAAGACGACGAAGCUCUGAAGGACGAGUUGUCUCUGUACCUGGCCAGCCCGCUCGCCACGCUGAAGGACAACCCUCUGGAGAAGUGGGAGAGCACGAGAACGUUGUAUCCUACGUUGUACAAAGUGGCGAUCAAGUACUUGUCGAUCGUCGCAACGUCCGUUCCCGCCGAUAGCCUCUUCUCGAAGACAGGACUCGCAGGCGUCCGAUCGAGAAAUCAACUGGCUGACAAGAGAUUGCACAAGCUGCUAUUCCUGAACUCAGUAGAUCCGGAAUACUGGUUUCAAUGAAUCGAGAAAAACCAAAUCGCCACUUUGUUAUUCAUGACGAUGACGAUCUAAGGAAUGCGAGCAUCCGACGGAUCGGCUCGGAACUUCGCGCGGAUAAUUAUCCUAUAUAUAUUCCUUCCAAUAGCCGCGAACUAGUCGGACUCACUCCGAAACAUCUCAAGAGAGAAGAUAUUCUUUACAAUGUAUAAAUUAUAGAUAUAAAACAGAUAAUUGUUAUCUGAUGAUGCUGAUGAUAGUUACGACAUUAUUUUUCUAAUAAAGAAUUUCACCGUCACAGAGCCGUCGCCUUUCGUCGAGCCGUCAUCGAACCGCGGUUUUUUUAUUUCAAGACUUUUUUAUCGCCCCGAUAAUAAUGUUGAUUCUUCCGAAGGAAAAUCAUCGACAUUAGAUGAAUCAUCAUUGAGUAUAUAUCAACGGCUAUUUAACUUAUCGACU